UUCGUUUCCCCCAGAAUGCUUGUGGCCUCAAUCCCCGAUACUCACUCAGUUCCCUUCUCAGUUUCGAGUUCGCCAUUUUGCCUUUGAGGUUGUUGUUCGGUUCAGUGAGAUGUGCUAAAUGUUCAGUUCACAUAUUAUUCACACUAUAAUGCUAGUUUCUUUUAAUUUGGCGAUAUGACCGUGUGCGCAAUUACGUGUUCAACUGUGGUGAUUACGUCGAGUUCAAAUCGGAAUGGCGUAAAACCAAAUUCAGUGUUGUGCUCGUUUGAAUGUGGAUUUUAGGCCAUCAUUUUUCCAGCUGCUGGGUGCUUCAAAGUGUCCCUGAGGAUACCUACUCCCUGGAUAUUUCAUCAUAAUCUUCAACCUUUCGGACAACCUCUAAAACAUCAUGGGUUCUCGGAGCAUCCCAAGUGAUAAGAUCAACCUGAGGCUGAUAUUAGUUAGUGGCAAGACAAAAGAAUUCCUGUUCAGUCCGAGCGAAUCGGCGGGAGACAUAGCACAGCAUGUGUUCGACAAUUGGCCUGAAGACUGGUGCGAGGAGGCGGUGGCGAAGGCGGAGAUUCUGCGCCUGAUCUACCAGGGGCGCUUCCUGCACAGCAACGUGACGCUGGGCGCACUGGGCCUGCAGUUCGGCCGCACCACGGUCAUGCACCUCGUGCCCCGGGAGAACCUGCCCGAGCCCAACUCACAAGACCAAAGGCAAAAGAGCAAGGGCGGAGGUAGUAGCUGCUGUUCAGCCUCCUGUUGUAUCCUGUAAUACAAGCCGACCUCAGGAUCACUCAGACGACUACAUUGGACCCAGCAGCUGGCCGGCCGGACUACACUACAAAUCUGUGUUUCAAUUAAUGAACCAAAGUGAAAAUUAAUCAGUGGCGUCCUAGAACAAUCUCAUAACGUGUUGCUGCUAACAAGUAUAGUUAAUGAUUUUCCUACCACCUUGUAUGUGGGAUCUUGAAUGAAAUUGGUUAGUUAUUGCAAAUAUUUUCAAUGUGGUCAGUGUGUGUGUGAGUGCGUGCGUGCGUUUGUGAGAGUAAACCCCUUGUGGUGUGUGGUUUAUCUACUGACUAUAACUAUAUAUACAAAUACCCACUCGUGCACUGGCCCAUUCAUAAAUAUAUUUGUUUAUGUCUGUAUGUAUAUGUUGAUGUAUAUAUUUAUAAAUAUAAAUGAGAAGAUGAAAUUGAUGAAUAUAUUAUAUAUAGCGACUAUUAUUAUUAAUUAUUAUAUUAUUGUUAAUGCUGAUCGGGUUUGAAGUCAUAUUCAAAUAUAUUUUUAUAUUUUGAAUGUGACUAUCACAAGAAUUUCGUUCUAAAUAUUGAGCAAAACAUUGGAAGUGACACACUUUAUUAAUGAUAAUGAUGAUUAUUCUACAACUAUUAUUUCGAAAAAAUUAUUAAGUUUUAUAUUUAUCGUAUUAAGUAUUAAUUUAGUUCUAUUUCUAUUGGAUUAGUUUUGUUUUUGUUUUGUAGCGAUUGAAUUUAUUUGAUUUCUUUUAUAAAUUAACUGUGUGUAACUUUUGAAACGAUUGUGCUUGAUCAGUAUGCAUGCAAUUCAUUGCAAACCAUCAUCCAAUCCUGAAAAUAAAUCAUCUCUUCAUCACUUGUAUAAAAUGAUAAAUACUCUAUUCUUUAUUAUACUCUUAAUGUUCACGGAAAUGUCCCUUUAUUGGGACGUAAGCAAAUAAUAACAUUUCAUUGAAAUUAUGAGUGAUUUGUGGUUCUUUCUCGAGAACUUAUUCAAUUCAAAGAAUAUUGCUUGCUGCCUUUUUUUAUAGAUUAAUUUGAAAUCAUUAUCGUUUGAAAGUCUCCUGGAAUGUUGAACAUGUGUGAGGGGCAAGGCAGAAUGAAUUACAAUUUUAGCAAUCCUAAAAAUAUCUCGUUAUUGUUAAUUUGAUAAUGAUAACAAAGCAAUUCCAUCAAAAUUAUUAAUUUUUUGAAAUUUUAUAAAAAUAGUUACUGUAGGCCUACUUUAAUUUUUAAUUAAAGCUGGCCUACUUCCACUUAAUAAACUUAGUGACGUUGCACAACAGCCGGUUAAAUUUUAACCGUGAUUAAUUUCACGAGAACCAAUCAGAGAAGGCGUUUCCUCUGAUUGGUUCUCGUGAAAUUAAUCACGGUUAAAAUUUAACCGGCUGUUGUGCAACCGGGCCAAAGUAUCUAUAUCCACUACUAUCUAAUGACUUCAGAAUUUUUUUAUAAUUAUUAUGUACUUUGAAAUAAAAAAAUGAAUUUUUAUUAUGAAAUUAAUCUUGAUUUUAAUAGUAAUUUUCCAGCAAGGCUGCUUAUGUUGUAAGAUUAUUAUAAAAUCUCUAAAUCUGGUUAGAAAUUCGGGAAACAAUAACAAUAUAAUAAUAAUUGUUUUGAUUCUAGAAAUAUAGAAGAUGUUCUUGGAAUGUGUUUGCCAAUCUGCCCUCGUGACAACAAGAUUGUCGAUUGAAUUAUACUAAAGUUGAAUAAAUAAAAAUGUUAUGUCUUGUUAAUGUCAUAAAGUCUACUUGCUUUUUUACAGUAUUCUAUGAUGUGUUUCUCAAAACACAUUAUGUGUCUUAUAAACUUCAUAUACUUUAGUUUCAUUCUAACAUAAAUCUUAUAGAUUUUCCAAUUUCUCUUGUUUUAUAUGAAUAUCAGUUAAUUGAUAAGCGAUCAAUUGUUUCAACGUGUGAAGGAUCUAACGAAAGGGUUAAAAUCCGGAAAACUUGUAUAUUUACCUCAAUAAUUUUUUAUUUGAACAUUUUAAUUAGAUCAACAAGAAAUUAUUGUAAAUUGAAAACAUCGUCCAUGGUAUUUCGAAUAUUAUAAUAAUAUAUCUCUGUCUAUGUAAAUUAAGCUAUGAAAAUUCCUUUAAGUUGUAUCUUUAAUGUGAUUACAAUAAUUACUUAUCAUUACUACUAGCUGUAAUGGCAAUUCGUUUUUAAUUGUACAUAUUUAUGAGACUGUAUUAUCAUUUAUACCAGAUUGAGAAUUUAAUAUUGAAUUUUACUCUCACUUUUAAUAACUCAUUUAAUUUUUACUUGCAUACAUGUUCAAUAAUUAUUUACUCUGAAGAUCAAUUAAUUAUAUAUUGAUGUUUUUAUUAUGAUAUAGAGAUAAUUUAUAAUAUAUAAAGUUUAAAUAGUUUAAAACGAUUACUGAAACAAUAAAAAUUGAUAUUGAGGAAAUAAUAUGUUUUAAAUGUUCAAAUUUAAUGGAGAAGUAUAUUUAUUGUUAAAACAGCUGUGUAAUAAUAAUAUUAUUGCUGUGUACAAUAUUACUAUGUGGAUUUAUUAGAAAAGGGGGAUUAAAUUCAACUGAUUUUUAUUAAAUUGUACAGGGUUCAAUCAUAAAAAUUAAUUACAGUAAUGUUAUAUUUCUCUCUAUUCAAAUAUCACUUUUCAAGUAUUGCUUCAGGGAUGAAAAGUACUUUCUUUAAAAUUUCAACUAUUUGACAAUAAUUUUGUAUUAUUCUGUUUAAUUCUUGAAACUCCCAUUUUCUCAAAGACAAAGAUUUCAAUAAAAAAAUAUAUUAUGAUAUUAUCACAUCCAGAAACUUGACUCAAAUUAGAAAAUAUUUUCCUUUAUUACCUAUGUAUGUUUCUAAUGAUAUUAGACAUACAACGUGACACAACUACUUCAUUUAUUAGAAAGAUCUGGGGUAUUGUAAAUGUAAACUACGGGAGUUCAGUUAAAGAGACAAUCUAUUUUUCAACCACAAAAUAAAUACGGUACAUUUUUUUCAAUAAGUUUAAUUAUUUGACAACUAUUGCCAGGAUAAAACUAUUUUAUGUUCAUUCGUGACAUUUUCUGUUUAAUGAUUAGUGAGUUUUCAUUUUUAAAUGGCCUGAAAAAAUUUUUUUUUUAUUUCCUGGAUGUGAUGAUAUUAUAUUGAAAUGCACUUAGUUAUAAAAUUUCAAUUAUUUAUAAUAGACUCUACGAAACUAGAGCUUUUAAAACAAUAAUUAUUUGACAUAACAGUUAUAUUUUUGGUUUUAAAGUAUCAUUUCUGAAUGAAAUGAUGAAACAAUACCCUUUCUUCAUGCUUCUGUAAAUUUUCUGAAUAGUUUUAAAGCUGUUGAAAAUAUAUUUAUCUAACAGUUUUGUAUAAAAAUUCUAUGCGAUUGUGUAAUGAACUGAAAUAGAUUCAAUGUAUAAAAUAUAGUAAAAUUGGUUUAUUCGAUAGGAUUCCACAUUUUCUAGUACAUUAUAUUACUUGAGUAACUAGAACAGUUUUUUAAUAUAUCUUGUAAUAACAUAUGGUAAUACUAUUGGAGCAAACUUUGUUUCUAAUUGCAUGUAUGGAACUUUUCAAUCGGUUAUUAAUAAAGCAUUACCGCUUAAUGUAAGCUUAUAAAGUCAUACAACAUUUUGAAAAAAAAUAGGUGAAGUUGCAAGUCUUGUUAUGCCAAAGCAAUCUAAAAACCAACUUUUCUAAAUAAUUUUUUAGAAGACUUUUAUUUUACGGUAUUUGUUUAUUACCAAUCGAUUUUGCCUUUCAUGUUUCUGUGUAGAUGACAUUUUAGUAUUUAUUUCAUGAUGUAAAAUCAAUAAUGAAUUAAUUAUUGCAAACGAAUUUAAGUUUUUUUUUUUAAUUUUCUCUGGUAUGAAGAAACUAACUUUGAUUCUGGUGAGCUUAUUUAAUAAUCGAUUGAAGAUUCACAAAGUACAGUAUCAUUCUUUUUACCAAAGAUUCAUUUUGCACUGAUUGUAUUGCUAUUCAACUCAAUCACAGCCUUCAAAAUUUGAAACUUCUAUUGAAACUGCGAUUUUAGUUUCAAUGGAUGUGUUUUAUCUCAAAUAAGGUAUUAACUAUUGAUGAACUUAUUUUUUAAUUUAUAUACUCAUCGAAUAUGAUUAUUGAUAGCUAAUGUUGGUAUUUAUUUUAAUAAUUAAAAUAUUGAACGUCAUGUUCAAUGUAUUGUACAAUUUGCAGAAACUGCUUGAACGUGUCUAAUUGAAAAGUUAAUUUGAAGUAUUUUUUCUGUUUUCAUGUUUUACGCAAGUCAGUUUGUAAAUAUCGAUCAUUUUUCGUCGUUAAUUUUUAUUCAUCGCGACAUAGAGAAACUAUACUCAAUAGUAUAGAAUAUAGUUAUUCUAUAAUCGCAACACUUUUUUUCACUACCUGUAACUUUCAAAUUAAUAAUAUAAUUUUUUGUUAAAAUUGAUAAUUCAGUUGUGGUUUGUAUGCAAUUUUAAAUAGCGCUGUAUUGUUUCAAACUCAUAUGAAUUUGCUUUUGCUUGUAUUGUUUGUUUUAAUAUUAUUGAAUUGACAUUUUUUAUUAUUAUGUAUACAACUGAUUAUUCAGAUAUUAAUACCUUUUCUGUAAAUAGCGAAGUGAUAUUUUUUAAUGAAAAGUUCUAUAUUGGGUAAAAUGAUUUUUCGUAGAACAUGAGAUUGUAAAUUACUUAGCAUCUAUUAAAAAACUGUGAAAUAUAUUACUAUUGAUUUCUAUGAUUAUGACUGUCUUAGAAUAAAAGUUAUUCAAGUAAUAAAA